AUGCCAUCUGCCACCACCACCACCACCACCACCAAAUACCCUCCCGGGACCCAGCGCGUCUCGGUGGACACGCCGGUCGAAGACAUCAUCUGGCUGCUGAAGCGCGACGGCGGCGUGGCCAUCAACAAAUUCCUCGACGUGGAGACCGUCGAACAAUGUAACCGGGAGAUCGCGCCUCGUCUGGACGCCGACAAGCCCUGGACCGGCACGUUUUUCCCCGGUGAGACGCGAAGGGCCAACGCCAUGAACCGCUGGGCGCCCACAUACACCAAAACACAAGUCAUGAACCCCAUCUACCAAGCUGUGGUGCGGCACUUUUUGACCACCACCAAUUCCUUCUACUGGGGGAAGACGAAGAAGACUUCGGUGUCGUUGCCGCAGUUCAGCGCCGCAACUGGCAUACAGAUCGGGCCUGGUGCCCCGGACCAAGAGAUCCAUCGGGACGACUACAUUCACCAUAAAGUACACGACGAGAUUUCCGAAUGGGUCGAUGAACGAGACUUGAAUAGCCGAGAGACCGCGGUCGGACUGUUCGUCGCCGGCACCAAGGCCACCAAAGCCAACGGGGCCACGCGCUACAUUCCCGGCUCUCACCUGUGGGGAAACGACCAUGAGCCGAUCGAGGAGGAGGAGAAGCUGUUCUACGCCGAACUGGACGUCGGCGAUGCUUUUCUCAUGCUGGGUUCGUGUUACCACGGCGGCUCGGCCAACACCACCACGGAUGAGUGGCGGUUGGUAUAUGCGACCUUUUGUACGCGAGGAUUCCUUCGACAAGAGGAGAACCAAUACCUCGUGAUCCCCGAGGACGAGCUGAAAGAAAAACACGACCGCAAAACCCAACGGCUGCUCGGCUGGGCUAUCUCCGAACCGUACUUGGGCUGGGUCGAUUUCGAAGAUCCCCUCAAGAGGCUGUACCCUGAGGAGUUCCAGCAGGGUCCAGCCGAUUUAGCUGCCGGGUUGAACAGGGAUGAUUGA